CUAUGUAGUAGUUCGUGCUAUCAACAUCAAAAUUCAAUUUAAAUUUAUCAUUUCUUGCAUGACAUUUUGUCAUGAAUCAUUAUUUAAUAUUUAUCUGUGCGUGAUUCGUGAUCUUUUCGAUUACUUUUUAUAGAUAUUUACGAUAUAAAUUUGAAAUGGACCAUAUAGAUUUGAAGGAUAAUAAGUUGACUUUAGUCGAUGAUGCAGCUUAUUAUAUACCAAAUUUUAUAACUGAAGAACAGGAAACAUAUAUAAUGGAUAAAGUAAAUAGUGCGCCAAAACCAAAAUGGUGUCAAUUGAAAAAUAGAAGACUUCAAAAUUGGGGAGGUAUACCUCAUGCCAAAGGACUCAUACCCGAAACAAUUCCUGAUUGGUUAAAAGGAUUUGUUGAUCGAGUAGAAAGUCUACAAGUAUUUCCUAGGACUAACAAACCAAACCAUGUGUUAAUUAAUGAAUACUUAUCAGGACAAGGAAUCAUGCCACAUUUAGAUGGAAGUUUAUUUUUCCCUACUAUAAGUACUAUUAACUGUGGAUCUCAUACUGUAUUGAAUUUUUAUAAGCCACUUAAGACUGACAUUGAAGUUGUAUCAAGUGAAAAAGUGUACAGUUUAUUAUUGCAAAGACGAAGUUUACUCAUUUUAAAGGAUAAAAUGUAUACUGAAUAUAUGCAUGGCAUUGAGGAGAUUACCAAUGAUAUCAUUGACGACAAAAUAUCUAACAUAACAUUUUGUGGAUCAAAUAUACAAAACGGGAUUUCAUUGACAAGAAAUAAACGUAUUUCAUUAACUAUUAGAAAUGUACCUAGGGUAUCCAAAUUAAAUUUUAACUCGUUGGUGAUAAAAAAAUAAACUCAUCCAUUUUAAAACACAAAUAUGUACAAUAAAUUGUUUGAAUAUAUUUUUAAAUUCACUUAAAAUAAUUAAUCAAAUUUAUAAUAUUUACAAUAAUAAUUUUUUCCUUGUAUAUAUAUAUUUUUUAUAAUUAAAAAGUUGUUGGUAAAUAAAUGUUUUUCUAAUGUGCAUACCCCUACUAUUGGUAUUAAAUAAAAAAUAAAAUCAAUAGAUUUACAAACAAUAUCAAAGCAGGUUGACAUCAAUACCAGAAUAGAUUCAUGGUUAUUUACAGCACACAGACACAAUAAAAUUUAACACUUGUAAAUUAAUAAAAAAUAUUAUGAUAUUGCAAAUAUGGCAAAACCAUGUCACUCAAAACAAUCAUUUUUUUUUCUUAACUUACAUAACUAAAAAUAUAAGAUUUAAAAUUGUAAUCUAAUAUUAUUCAUUAAUAUGUAUAUUUAUAUAAAUAUAUAUCUAUGUAUAUUAGCUAUAUUAUCCUAAAUCAUAUUAUGUACAAUACAUUAUUAUAAAGAGUUUACAAUUUGUCUGUAUAAUUAAUAAUUAUAAUAUUAAAUGAAUUGUACUGUAAGUAAUAAAUUAACAUUUGGAACAAUAAGUUUUCAUGGAAGUAAACAAUUAUUUUUUAAACUAGAUAUUUUUGUGCGUAAGGAAUACAAAGUCAAUACAUUUACAAGAACUUGGUGCACAUCCAUAAUUCUAUUGAAAUAUUUUUUGAAAUAAAUCAAAACCAAAAAAAUAAUAUAAAUUAAGUCAUCAAUUAGAAAAUAAUAUAGUCUUGUAACUGAAUAAAUUAGGUUUAGAGAAAUUUAUAGAAAGAUGCCAAUGCCAAAAAAUAAUAAUUAUAAAAUAAAGUCACAACUAUUUGAACAUGUAUAAAUGUAUUUAAUCAAAACAUGCGAAGGGAAAUACAGUAUUUAGAAAUGUGAUAAAUAAGAAUAAGAAUCAA